AUGGACAGGACAUCUGUUCACGCUGGCGGCGUGUUUGGCCAUCUCAGCCGCGCUUUGUUUCUUGCGGGACUCCUCCAUUCUGUGAGGCACCACACCGCACUGUCCACGGCAACUCAGGAGACUCCGACAAAGAAGUGCGAGAGUGGACAGAUCGAGGUUUCAUUGACUCCUCUUGAACUCGCCGUCAAGUUGGAGUGCUCCUCCGGCUCACAGCUCUUUCCAAGUGAGUACUUCAAUGCCCUCGCCUACUCGGAUGGGAAAUGCGGCGAACAGGGGACAGCAUUGGAUGAUCUGUUAGACGAUGGUGAAGGAACCAUAAACAACACCGAGCUAGUAAUCACGAAGCUCCCCACCGAAGAGAAAAGACUCUGCUACCAGUGCAAGAGUGGUGGUGCUGUGACCUGCUCCGCCGUUAUUAUCGUUGCGAGCCUGCCAAAAAGUUGCAUGGCUUCAGAAGCUGUGGGUCGUCAUAUGCAAGCCCGAUCAACAGAUCUGGUUCUGGAACUAAAGGGCACAACCCCGGUGUUUUUCAGCUGUCCUGAUGGUGAUACGCUUGAUCCAAGCGGUAACGACGAGGUCUACGUAGGAGAUGACUGCGGUACAAAGUCUAGUAGAACCGACGUUGAGCGUAAGGGAGGAUCAGAGAAUGGUUACUCUUUCAAAAUGAACAAGGCGCCAACGCAACAGGAAACCUUCUGCUACAAAUGCAAGAAGUCGGAUGGUGCAAUCGACGACUGCAUGGUCAAAAUCAAAACAGUACCCACCAUAACGAUAGUUUUGCCACCAGAUGAUGACUUAUCUUCCGGAGCAGCGGUCACCAAUUACGUCAGUGGUCACUUGUGUAUGGCAGCCUUGUGGCUCGGAUUCCGUUUUUUAAACGGUGCACCCUGA